AUGUCUCGUGAUCACAAGCAAGAUCACCGUUGCCUUGUACACACCUCCACUUUGCUUCUGAUGCCAAAACUUUCCAGUGCUAACCGCGCCUUUAAUCAACGCUUUUCGCCGCUCGAACCGGCUCUCAUCGGACAAAAGAAUCAGAGUUCGGUCCGUAAACGCUGGAGAGCCAUUCAUGACGCGAAUUUCGAACAGCGGCCCUUGGAUACACACACCUAA